AUGGCAAUGGAUUUAAUUUCAAUGAUGGGUCGUAGUUACAGCAAGCGUGUGCCCUACUGUAAAAGAUUAUUCUACUUUAUUUUGACGAUAUUACUCAGUCUAGAUCUUCCGGUUGUUGUUGGAAAUUGUUCUAAAAGAACUUUAAUCACUAAUACCACGACUGGCGCUAUCCAGGCUGAAGGAUUUAAUGAUAAUCCCAACGGUAUUACGUGCGAAUGGCUCAUAAAAGCCAACGAGAUUACUAGUAGCAUCAAAUUAUCCAUUACUUAUUUCGAGACGAAAUGUUUAGACCAAUUUGUCUAUAUUUACGAUGGCAGUAGCAGCCUUGAGUCUCCUAUGAUUGCAUCAUUGAGUGGCCAUGAUUAUUCGAUAGUUACCGACUAUUAUGCUUAUUCUGGUCAGAUGUUAAUCGUUCUAGUUAGCCAAAGUUCAAUGCAAGGUUUAGGAUUUUCAUCAAAGUACACGAUUACGCCUUGUCCAAACAACUGCUCCAACAGAGGCAACUGCAUUAGUGGUAUAUGUCAAUGCCAAAAUGGCUGGCUUGGUCGUGCAUGCGAUAUCAGAUCGUGCCCUAAUGAUUGUCUAAAAAAUCAAAAUUACGGAUACUGUGAUGCGAAGGAACAGCGGUGUAUUUGUGAUGCUGGAGUUAUUGGAAGAAAUUGUAGCUUAAGACUUGACACAGCAGAUAACUCUGAAGAUAGCUGGAUUGGUGCUACGUUGGAUUUAGAAAACCCUAGAGCUGGUCAUGCGGGAAUUUACGUCCGAAAAAGCCAAACGGUUUGGGUUUUUGGAGGUUUUUCUCUUGCCAAUGGAACUAUUGAUAGUUUAUGUAAAUACUCUCUCUUAACUAAUGCAUGGACAACUGUAACACUUGAAAGUCCUCGACCUGCCGGGCGAAGGUUUCAUACCAUUGCUAACUUUAAUGAUCACCUACUGAUGUUUGGCGGUGAACUAUCGAAUGGCGAAUUAACGAAUGAGUUGUGGCUAUUUAAUACCACUUCUGAGCACUGGAGUUUAUUGACAAUCAAAAAUUCAGAAGCACCAGAACCUAUGGCCUCUCAUACUGCUACUUUAGUAGAAAAUAAAUUGGUUAUUAUUGGAGGACGGCGAGUAGAUGGUAAUAUCGCAAAUCCCAAUGCUUACAUGCUAGAUUUAUCUCAUGGUUUAGACAAAGCCAAAUGGUUUUUGUUUUACACACUGGGAGAUCCAUAUGGUGCAAAACGUCUUAUUGGUCACACCACAGUUUAUUACAAACCUAUGAAAUCUUUAAUUAUCUUUGGCGGAUGGAAAUUAAACUAUAAAAGUGUUGGAUCUAUGCAAAAUACUAUUUAUGCUUUACACUUUCAAUCCGGACUGUGGACCAAGAUCGAAGAUAAAGAUGUAGCUCCAUUGACUGCGUCCCCUCCAAUGGCUUAUCAUACGACAACGCUAGUGCAUAACUAUUUACUUAUUUAUGGUGGUAGCCCCAAAUUUUCCAAUACUGAUCAAAAAUGUAUUAAUGACAAAUUGUACAUCUUCCAUCUUGAUUGCCAUCAAUGGGUAAAAACUUCACUAUUUACCAAGUCAAUCACUUUAAGUGGUCGAUCAUCUCAUGUAGCACUGGGUAUAGAUGAUAAAUUGAUGCUAAUUAUUGGUGGCUUCUCUGGUACUAUCACUAAUCAAGUUGUAGCUUACAAAAUACCACCGACGAUAUCUACAAGAAUCAAUAAAAAAUCAGAUAAAUACUCCAUUACCUUAAACGAUGGUUCGCAUAUCUAUUCACAUUGCCUAUCGCAUGAAGAUUAUUCAUGUUUAGACGAUCUCAACUGUGUACAAUGUAACGAGCUUAAUUCAACAAGUUUAGCCAGUAGUUCAUUGUCGUCACUUUGCCUUAGCAGAAGCGAAAUUAGUCGUUAUAAAAGGCUUAAAAUCUGCAAAUCUACUUGGCGCCUUCCAACUUGUUCCAAUCCUUGCAAACUUUUUCAAUCUUGCCAAACUUGUAAUACUUUUAGUGGCAAUUUAUGCUAUUGGUGUAGUUCUAGUAAAACUUGCAAUGAAAAUAGUAUUUCAUGUCCAAAAUUUGCUGGGUUAGCCAGUAAUAUAUCAUCUUACGUAAAAGAUGCUGAUCAGUGCAUCACCCAAGACAUAGAAGUUGGAUUAACAAUAACUCGACAUUACCGACGUUAUACAAGCAAUUUGCUACCCUAUUACAAUUUUACAAUCGUAGAUGAUUUAUUCUUUACACCAACAGCUCUUACAACAUGGGCGAUUAAUUCGAAUAUAAAGAAUAAUCCAGCCAUCCAACUUCGUGGACAGUUCUAUCCGUAUCAAAUUCCUUCACAAGAUAGCCAAUUUCAGUUUCGUCUUGGAAGCUCUUACCAAUCUUGUGAUUUAAAAUUUGGAACUACUUCUGAUCCAACAAAUUUGAAAACUGUAGGUCGAGUAGGUUACAAAGAUCAAUAUUAUGAAUCUGUUACUAUCCCUCAUGGCUCAGAACCAAACGUUUUGUCUACUAAUGGGGAACCCAAUCAAAAGUAUGCUUUACAAAUUAAAUGUACCCCUUGGAACGAAGAUCCUGAAGUGAGUGAGGCUCGAUUGCGAUUAGAAUGGAAUGCAGGAAUUAAAUCCCAGAAAGCGAAGGUUAUAACGCAAAGAGUUCUAGAACCAUAUCGAUUCGGCAAUUGUUUAAUUUACUCAGACUGUAUGACUUGUAUUUCCGAUAGUAGUUGUGCAUGGUGUCCAAUUAAAUCCUCAUGCUUACUUCGAGAAGGAAAUACUUCUUGUCGACCACAUCAUAGUGAUAGUGCUUAUUUGAUCUACAGUAAAAAUCUAUGUAUGACAUGUCAGGAUCACUUUACAUGUGGUAGUUGCACCUCGGCUAAUUGUGUAUGGUUACCGACAACUUCAAAAUGUGUUGGUGUGAAAAUUCACACAGGGGUCAAGUAUGUUGAUUCUAAUGAGUUAUGUAAGCCAUCAUGUGCGAAAAGAAAAAGUUGUAGCUCAUGUCUGUCUGAUCAAAGUUGUGGUUGGUGCUAUAACUUAAAUCGAUGCUAUGAUCGACAUACCCGUGCGAGUACCUUUCGAUUUGGCGAAUGUUCAGACUGGCAAAUUGGAGCUGCAUCUACCUGCAGAAAUUGCUCUCAACAUACUCUAUGUCGUAAUUGCAUCACAGACCGUACAUGUGGUUGGUGUGCAACUAGUGCUAACCCCUAUAAUGGAAAAUGCUUAAAAGGUGAUGCAAACUCAUCUUUCCAACAGUCCUGUAAUGCUAUUAUGCCCACAGGAACAAAUAUUACGUGGCACUACCAAUCUUGUCCAAUUAUUAAUGAAUGUCAACUAAACCUACAUAAAUGCCAUCAAAAUGCUACCUGCUCCGAUACCUCAAACGGUUAUGAAUGCAAAUGUAAUCGAGGUUUCAUUGGCGAUGGUUUCCAAUGUCACGAAACUUGCUAUGAAGAAUGUAUUAACGGAGAAUGUCCCCAAAAGCCACCAUUCAAAUGUCAAUGUAAGAAAGGUUGGACAGGACCUACUUGCAAUAUCGAUUGUGGUUGUAAUAAACGCAGUACAUGUAAUAAAGGUGUUGGAAUCUGUGAUCAAUGUGAAGCAAAUACAGCUGGGCCCAAGUGCGAACAUUGUCGCAUUGGAUUUUAUGGUAACCCUGAAAAUGGUGGAAGUUGCGUUCCUUGCCAAUGCCAUGGUCAUAGUCAGACAUGUAAUAUAGUUACUGGUCAUUGCCAUUGUGAUAACAGUACUACAGGAAAACAUUGUGAAGUAUGUGCCCUGGGAUAUUUUGGUGACCCAAAAAAUGGUGGUAUAUGUUAUCGCGAAUGCGAUGGUCGAACUUUAAUUGUAUCCAAUUCUACUACCGCUAUUGGUAUAUUGCCGUCAAGUUUACAAAAAAGAAAUCGACAUAAUACUUGUAUAUGGACAAUUGCAACGUCUAUGGAGAAUAGCCUCUAUACUAGUCAAUCUCAACGUGGUACAAAUGAACAUAUCUAUAUAGAAUUUGUGGAUACAUUUAAUACCUUGUGUUCAAUUCAGUUUGUUCAUAUUUACGAUGGCUAUCCAUUUGCAAAUACGAGUAGAAUCGAUCAGGCAUCAGGUAACUUAUUGGCUUCAUUCUGUGGUCAAGAAACUCCAAAACCUAUAACAUCUACCACUGGGGUUUUGACGGUAGUGGUUACAAAUCUCCGAUCAACUUCGGAUGCAAUGUUUAAAGCAUUUAUUAAGCACAAUCAUUGUCGCCGUAAUAGUGACUGUUUAGGCAAUAGACGUUGUGAAGGAGGUAUCUGUAAGUGUUUGGACGGUUAUUUAGGACUACUAUGUGAUCAGUUACGGUGCCCAAAUCAAUGUAAUGAACAAGGUCAAGGAGGAAAAUGCAAUAAGAUUACAGGUAAAUGCGAUUGUCUCAGGGGCUUUUAUGGAGUUGAUUGUAUGUCAAGGUUAAAAUCGAAACAGUUACUUUGGAAUACUUUAAUAUCAACACCGUCGAAUGAUGCAGACUUUUCAAGCCUUUUGGGUCAUUCGGUAGUUUAUCAUCAAAAUUCUGCGAUUAUAACAUUUGGUGGCUACCAGGAUGAAAUGAUAAUUUUCGGCGGUAUAACCGAUGAUGGAAUAAUUAGUAAUCAAAUCUGGCACUAUGAUAUCGUCAAUCAUGUUUGGGUGCAAAGCUCGAACAUGCUUCGUCGGCGUGCUGGACAUACUGCUACGAUAGCAAAAGGCAAGGUUUAUAUUAUUGGUGGAUAUUCGGACAGUCAGGGCUAUGUAACUGAGGAAGAGAUUUACUCUAUUGACACCAGAAAAUCCAGUCUUGCCUCAACCUUUGGAACACCUCCAGCAGGUAUAUACGGUCAUAGCGCGAUAUAUUAUCCAACAAGUGAAAGUAUCUACGUCUACGGAGGUUUCGGAUACUGGAUAGGAAAUGAAUCUAUGUCUUCCCGAAUCUUGAAACUGAAUGUUAACAACUUGAAAUUUUCGGUACUUUUUGGUGCUAAUGGAGCUAGCCGAUUAUUUCAUUCUGCAGUUCUUUACGAACAUAACAUGUAUGUAUUUGGUGGAAGCUUUUCAAAUGAUCAAAAUCCCUCUAUAUAUGCGACAUCGAGUUAUUCGAAUAACGUCGCAGCCUUUAAUUUAAGAUUCGGAAUUUGGCGAGCCAUUCAUCCUUCAAAAAACUGCGUAUUUAGCGAGCGGCCUAUUCCAUUUAUCAAUGUACAUGCAAUAGUUCGUUCUGGGAGCGUUUUAUUACUUGGUGGAUUCAAUGGGCAACCAUUUAGUAGAGCAUAUUCUUUAACUUUAACGAAUGAUACAUGCCAACUGAUUGAUAACUACCAGGAAUGUACCGGUGACACUUCUAUUAAUCAACAACUUUGUCCUUGGUGUAGUGUACGAUGUAGUUGGUGUCCUACUAAAGCUGGUUGUUUUUCUGAGUCAGAUAAUGGCCCCGACUGCAUUAAAUCUAGUCCAAGACUGAUUGAUUUUUGUCAAAGAUAUAGUAAUUGCAUUGAAUGUUUAUCCAGUGAUAAUUGUGCUUGGUUUACCGGUUGCGGAAUCAAAAUGUGUCGAUCUGUCAACACAGAUCCGAGAGAAAUUGCUAAUUUGAUUACAAGAACAAAAGGUCCUUGUGAAACCAGUUCUCUUACAAAAAUGACUACUGCUAGUAGCUGUAAAGAAAGAAGGUGCAAUUCACCAUCAUGCCAUUCAUGUAGUUGCUCUUGGAAAUCAGUUAAAGAUUAUUCACUAUUCCAUAAGACAGUUUUUAGUACUAGUACGUCGUAUGCAUGCGAACCUGCACAACACAUAACCACAAAUAGUGUCAUUAAUGAUUCUUGCCCAUCGAUUUGCCAAAAUCGUAAAAGUUGUUAUGAAUGUACUGGACAGUUAGCCGAUGAAGUAUCUGGUCACUGUGUUUGGAGUAUUUCCAAGUCAAAAUGUCUACCUCCGAGUGCCCUUCCAUUGAUCUGUGCUGGAGGAACUUGUGGCCAAUUGUUGAGCAGCCCUAAUCAUUGCCCUCGUCCAUGUAGGAACUUUAAGAAUUGUAGAAGUUGCAAUAGCCAAUUGAACUGCUCCUGGUGUGCAAAAUAUACCUUAGGAAAUUACUCGGGGCAAGGAAUUUGCAUGGAAUCAUCCAUGCAGAAGCAGUGCUUAAAUGAUAUUUUCCCAAGCUCUGCACUAAGUAAAAGCUUUACAUCUUGGAAUGUCCUUUCUUGCCCUAUGGAGAAUGAGUGUGAAAAUGGCAAUCAUGACUGUGUUGAUGUUGAAAAUUGCAUAGAUACUCCUACUUCUUUUAUUUGUAGUUGUGUCGCCGGAUAUGAAUUGCGAGGAGAAAAAUGCAUGCCUAUUUGCAAAGAUCGCUGCAAUCAUCAUGGAUAUUGCACUCAGCCUAAUAACUGUAGUUGCUAUACUGGUUAUGUCGGAGAAUAUUGCGAAAAGAAAUGUAACUGUAAUAGUCAUUCUACUUGUCCGAAUACUACUCAUACUGAUAUAUGCUUAAAGUGUCACAACAAUUCUCAGGGAAAAUAUUGCCAUGAAUGCAAGCCAUUAUUUGUAAAAUCCAUGCAUAACAAUGAUUCAAUAUGUACGUCCUGUUUAAAAUUUUGUAACUACCAUAGCAAUAUAUGUGUAUCGGAUGACCAAUACAAAAGUUUGCGAUCUGAUGGUGUAUUUCCAAGCCUGAAAGAGAUAUUAAAGAAGCAAAGUAUAGGCCCGAAUCAGCAGGAUGCUAUCUGUUUGAAUUGUAGUGGUAAUAUGGAGGGAAAGAAGUGUGAUCAAUGCAAGACUGGAUUCUUUCGCUUACACGAAAGUUCACCUUGUCAAAGAUGUGAAUGUAAUGGACAUGGAUUAGCAUGCAACAAAUUCGAUGGAUUAAAUUGUUCUUGUGCAGAUAAAACAAUAUCACCGUGCGAUCAUACCACUUCAGAUUGUCGAUACCGACAGUGUUCGAAAUGUCAAGCUGGUUACAAGGGCGAAGGGAUAGGUGGUCGCCAAUGUUAUAAAGAACUUGAAAUACAGAGAGGCUUAAUUGAAAAAGAACCAUUAUCAGCAGUAAAUUUAUCCACUAAUUUUCAUAUCUCAUCUAUCUAUUCCAACGUGGAUAUACGUAUUACUGUCUCCAUCUAUAAUGCAACAGCCGAUAUCUACAUUGCGAAGAAGUCAGAGGUAGUGCUUAUUGACCACGGAAUAAAUGGUAGAUACAUUAAUUUAGUGAAUAUAAGUAAAUCAGCUAUGACUGAGAUUGACAUUUCAAAGGAAAGACAUCAAAAUUAUAUAAUAUUUAAAAGGGAAAUCGUUAAACUGAAAGGAGUUUCCUUCAAAACUACAAUAAUCAUACCCAAAACUGGAACUUCUAAAGUCCAAGAAAGUGAUUUUUACGUAACCAUUUUUCCAACUAGACAUCAUGAACAAUCUUUCGCUACAAUCCAUUUUGAUCAGCCAUAUUCAAGCUUUAAUAUGCUUAUUUUUCUAGCAGCGUUCUUUACUUCGUUAUUUUUAGCCUUUGGUAUAGCCUUACUGAUUUGGAAAGUGAAACAAUACCGAGUUGUGCUCCAAAGGCAAGAAGCUGUAGAAGAUAUGAAAAGUAGACCAUAUCAGAUAUUCCAUCUUCUAUAUGAAAAUGAACGCAGUGGUAGCGUAGAAGGUGAAGCAAUGAAGGCGCCAUUAUGCGUUCAGCAAAUGAGAAAUAAAAACGUCCAAUUAGGAACAUUUAUGAUUCAACUACCAGCUGGAUGCAAUACAAAACUAUGUGUUGCAUCAACGUUCAUUCAUUCAACAUCUCAUGAAGCAAGCAAAUCGUCUAAGUAUAAUCUUUUCAAGAAAUUGAUUAAACACCAAAAGAAAAGCAUAGAUACAGCCAACAACGCUACUGCCUAUGAUGGCGACAAUGAUAGUGGUAGUAAUUCUAUUGAUACCAACUAUCAAGCAAAUGUUACGCCUACUACGAGGCAUAUCGUUUAUGAGACAAAUGUGUAA